UCUUUUUAAUUUUUAUAAAGAAAGAGCUUAGCUUUAGACCACUGUUCUUGAAAGAUGAACAAGAAACCCAAGAUUUUGAGCUCCGUAUCAUUAAGUAUGAAUCACAAACGAAAGGGCUCGUCUCUUCGUCGCUUGUUCUCUUUAGUGUUUUUUCUUGCAAUGGUCUUCCUUUUAGGGAAUGCAUUUAUUACAGUAGACUAUAAAGAGGGAAUUGCGGGAUGGAGUUCGAUUUUUAGACUAAAUCUUGCAAAACUGCAGAUGUGCAAGACACAACUCAGGCCUCCUGGUAGCGAGACGUUACCGAGAGGCAUUGUUGCAAGUACAUCUGAUUUGGAAAUGCGACCAUUAUGGGGAGCAAAGCGCAAUAAGCCAUUCAAAACCUGA